AUGUCCUCCCAGUCCCCCAUUCCUCUCUCCCUCUCCAUCUCGCAACCUUCGCCCUCUCUCUCUCCGCCCACCGUCCUUCUUACCCUCGCCAACACCUCCCCCGAUAUCCCCGUCACCCUGCUCACCUGGUCCUCCCCUCUCGACUCCCUCGCCCUCCAACUCGGGCUCAUCCAAGUCUCUUCCCCUUCCGACCCUUCCAACAAGAUCGAUUUCCCUCAGCUGAUGAUCAACCGCGCCAUGCCUCCUCCCGAGGAUGCGCUGGUCACCUUGGGUCCCGGAGAAGAGAAGAGUCAGGAGGUGGUGUUGAGGGAGCCGAUUGUCGAUGGAGAUAAACUCAAGGAGUUGGCGGAGGAGGGAAAGGUGGGGGUCAGGGUUGUAUGUGGGAAGGACAAGGAGGAGGAUGAGGAGAGCGGGGUAGUGGUUUGGGUGGGGAAGAAGAGGGAGGAAGUUAGUCCUGAGGAGGUUGAAAUGCUGGGAAGAGGAAAGGAAGCUAAGAGGUGGAAGGUUGAGAGUGAAGUUUUUGGGAUGAAGGUUGAUGGGGCGUGA